UGCUACUUCACAAUUUUCUACAGUAUAUGCUACAGACAUCCUAUUUUCCUUUGAGGAGUUGAAGAUGGCAGCACCUGGGAUGUCCAGCCUAGCAUUUCUUAGAAUGCUAGAUAAACGAACUGUCCGCUUUGGCCGUACUGGAAAGAUCAUAGCAGACAGCUUCAGAAAAAGCUUUUUGGAGUUGGAGGCAGUCCGAUUUGAAGUGGACAAACUCAUCCAGGAAGACCACUUUAACUGCCCAGCAUGCACCCCACACAUGCUUGCGGUCUCUGUUGAUGGAAACCGUAAGCACUAUAGAUUCAAGAGUGCAGCAAGAUCAGAGGAACAAGCCAUCUUCGAUGGUGUAUUCAUAGCCAAGGACGAUGAUGUAGCAAGAUUCGUAGACUAUGUCCAUUCCUCAACCAGACAUGCCUCUGGCAGAGGUGUCUGUGGGGGACAGUGGUCAGCAGCACGAGAAACGUCACAGAAGUCCUCCAGCAAAAUAGAUGAGGAGGGCCUAGAACUUGCAGUUUGCCGGCAUGGUGUUCUUCUUUGUGCCCUUAAUAAGUUCAGGGGGGAGGUUUUUGCUUACCCCCUGUACCUCCAGAAAAAAAUGGCUUGUAAGCCGGUGAAAUUCUUUGCUAUGGAUGUUGCGUGCAAGUACUGGCCUUACCUCCAGAGAGUGAAUGAGAGAUGCCCUGAGCUUCAAGAUCUGCUCUCCAUGAAGCCAUUUCUAUCAGUGUUUCAUGCCAAAGCCCACGACUUCAAAUGUGAGGUAAAAUGGAGUGGGGCAUACCAGGAGGGGGCUGGUUUGACUCGUGGGGAGGAGGUGGAGCAAUGCAAUGCCUUCCUCUCGAGAAUUGCUGUUACCACAAAGCACAUGUCAAAAGCAGGACGCACAGACAUGCUCACAGUCAUGGCCAUGCGCUGGAAUCAGCAAAAGUUUAACAACUUGGCUUCAACACUUGCCUGCCGAUAUCAAAAGGUAAAGACACCAGUAAUCACUUAUGCAACAUAUAUAGCAACAUGCGUAUUGUAA